GUUACAAUCAACAACAGGCACGCGGGGACUUUCCGCAGCCAAUCACAUCUCCGCUUUAACCAGCUUCAUAAAGUUCGCCUUUUCUCCCUCAGUUUGACUUUUGGUUUCGAGGAAACAGCAAACCGACUUGUUGUCGGUGCUAAAGAUGUGUGUGAGCGGACCAGCUCCGGCUGUGAGCAACACACACCGGCCCAAAGUGCGCGAGAGGAGCGGCUUGUAAAGGAAGAAGAUGUAUCUAUGGCGCGUCUCCAUCGCCAUAACCCUCGGCUUGGUGUGGUAUUUUUCAGACUGCGGCCGCACAGUGACACAGUACGUGUUGUGUUGUCUCUUUUGUUUCACCACUCCACUCAUAUUCGUGAGCAGCGGACGGGAGACCAGCACCCAGACUGAUGAGGAGACCAAGGAGAGUUCACUCCAGGAAACUGUUGAAGGAGAGUUAUUUGGUGACCUGACAGAUGCAGGAAGCAGCCAGCAAGCUGAACCACUGGAGUCUCAGUCUCCGCAUGUGAAGACGUCUCUGCAGCAAGUGUUCGAGUGUGCCUACGCCCAGCUGGUGCUGCCUUGGUACUGCGUCCCCGAGCCGCGCGAGCACCAGCCUCUGCACCAGGUGCUCAGCAGGGAGUUUGACUCCGUGAUCGACCGGAUCAUUGAGAGAGCCAGAGACUUUGAUGUCUGCCAGGCGGUCGUGGGCUCCAUUCGUAUUUUGACCCAGCACUUGCAUAAUGCGAAGCAGUCUGACAGAGAGCUCUUGUUCGGUUCCAGAGCAGAGGAGAUCGCAGUUCUCAGAGAGUUUUCAGACGCUCUGGUACGUAACCUUUUUCCUGAAUCUCUCUGGAGCCAAGAAGUCAACCGCUGUGCCUUAAAUGAGAUAGUCGCCUUAAAGGGGUUGGGCCUGUUGGUGACAUGGCUGUCAGACCCCGACAACCUGAACCAGCUGGUAGUGAGCCAGCUGGACAGCGUGACCCCCAAAGGCUCCGUGGAGGAGCUGUGUGGCUCAGACCCGGAUCAAACCUCUCUGGCAUCACAGGAGGGCGAGAGGGAAGGCAGUGAAGUGAGCUUGGAGGAGGCAGGGAUUUCAACCAGCACCAGGAUCAAGGCUAAAAGGAAAGCUAACAAGUUAAAAGAAGGAUGGUCAAAACUGGUGGACAAGGUGAAGUCUAAGAAGGCCAAGAAGAAGAAGAUGAAAAAGAUAGAGCAGGAGCUGAUGUUUAGGAUCAUGACGAUCCAGGGAGACGUGUCCAACGAGGACGAUGUCAGCAGCAGGGAGGGCUCUGUGUACAGCCAGCAGGACUCUGACAGGGAGGACAGUGAUCUGGAGGACUACUUGACAAGCGUCCAGGAGGACAUGAUGGAAUUCAAGCUGUCGUACGAGAUGUGGCGCGUCGGCCGCUGGGCUGUCAGCAUCCCUCAUGCCAACUGGCAGGAUGACGAGCUAAUCUUCACCGUUCACCUGGAGGAGGAGGGCAGCCCCGAGAACCUUCAGUGGGACAUCAAGAAGACCUACAUGGAUGUUAUAUACUUCCGCAACAGAUGGCAGGACUCAACCAGCCUGCCCACGAUCCUGGAGCUGGAGGAGUCGCAGAUCAAUGAUGAGGUCAAAGAAGAAGCCAGAGUGUCAGUGGAGCGUUUCCUGCAGGAGUUAGUUUCUGAUAAUCAGAUCGGCCACACUCAGCCGGUUUUCCAGUUCCUCUGCCCACUUGACAAACUGCUGAAUGAGGAGCAACAUUAUGGCGGCGUGUGGGGCCUUCUGAGCGGCUUGGCUUACUUCCUGACUCCAGGUCAUGAGGAAGACGAGAGCUCGAGCCCCCAGACAGAGGUCCCAAAAGAAAUCAUAACAUCUCUACAUCCAGAAUCGACAGCUAUGCCUUUAGAAAACCCUGGUGCCUCCACUGAGAGGGGCAGUUAUGCUCCUGGUGCUACAAUCCCAGCUAUUGUUAUCUCCCAAUAUGAUCCCCCCUCAGACCCGCCUCAGGAAGCAGAGACGGAAAAGGAACCGCAGUCCGCUGUUCACUCAGAGUCUUCAAAUGAAAACUGCUCCCAGGACAAGACAGAGGACUCCGACAAUCCCUUAACCUCCCACUUUAAAAUGAUUUUCAAAGGACUGACCCGAUCCAGGUCGCAGGAGUCUUUGGCCUCGACAAAACACAACAGUGAAGACGACCCGCCUGAGUCAGACUGCACGCCACACUGCAGCCAAAAUGGAGGCUUGCACACGGAGAGCGGAGAAGGCCCGUCUUGGCUUCAUUUUAGUCCAAGAUCAAUUAGAAAAGAGAAAAUAUCCUUCAAGAUGUCAGGUGGAGCCCACAAGGCUAAACUAAAGGACCAAAGCACUUCACCAAGAGGGGAGGACUCCCAGUGUCAGAGGAGCCAAGUCAACUGGGAGCAGAACGAAGCAACCAAAGCCAUAUUUGAUCUGCUGAAAGAAAUAUCAGGAAACUCAAUCCUCCUAAACAUAUUUGAUGCCAUGUUGAAACCUGUGAUGCCAAUCUUGAAAAAAAAAGUGAACUCUUUCCUGAACAAGAUGAACCCAACAGAAGAGCAGAUGGCCACGUACAUCGACACCCUGCGUGAGAAACAGUGGCCGGACUUUCAACCAGCAGCGCCUCCUCCUCCUCGCAGCGAUGAGGAGAAAAUCGAGACCAGGGAGAGAGCGCACAACCUGAUCAAUGCCAGAUACUCAAACUACCUUAUCCUGAAGAAGACGGACAUGGAGUCGGUUUUCAAUGUUUUCCAGGACAGUGAAGAAAACAAAACACUGGUAUAUACGCUCCUGUCAUUCCUAUUGAGUGAGUUUUUCCCCAACGAGCAUUCCCUGAGUGUGAGCGCCGCUGCCCUGCAGAAAGUGACCAGCUCCACCAACUGAUCUGUGAAUCCUUAAUCAUGUUUUUAACGGUACUUUUUCCACAUUUUUUAGAAUAUCCAGUUAUUUAUUAAACAUCUUAAAAAUGCCUUAAAAUAUUUACAACGAUUUCUGUAUCACCGUCGGACGUUUUUACCUCAAACAUACUGUGAACGUUUUGUGAAUUUCCUCUGGUUUUUAUUUUGUACAGGUGAACUUUGUAAGCAAUUACCCUUGACAUAAAUGUGUGUGAAAUCAGAAACUUUUUUUUUUUUUUUUUUUGGUGGG